AUGGCCUACUAUGACGUCGACGCCAUCUUGACAGACUCGCAAAAACUGCCCUGCACCUUCGAACUGGACGUGCCUGGCCUUGGAUACUUGGAUGGCAAUGCUGGUGGGACGAUCAAGGCGGGCACAAAGAUCGAUCUGCCCAUGUGGCUUGGUGUGAUGCUGGCGGUAUCAACGGGGAACACGCCUGGCGCUCAACGACUCGUCACGCUGGAUUUCCCGGCGCCUCUUCAACAGCGCGUCAUCAACGCGCUCAAAGCAGACCCCAAGACCGUCGACCUGCGCGCCCAGGCACCGCACUUCUACGCUCUCGGUGCCCGAAUCAUGGAGUUGUUCGAUGAUCGCGCGGUGCUGGAUACCUUGUUAGAUACUUUCAAACAACGAGCGGCAGAGAUUGCCGAUCAGGCACAUAACCCCCGAGGCGCAUUGGGUGACGGAGCAGAGUUUCUGAGAGGAUUGGAGGAGAGUGAGCGACAGCUAUUCAAGGCGGCACACGAGGGUCCCAAAGCCGUCAGAGCUUGGACGCAGGACUUGAAGAAGAAUACUUGA